AUGAGCCCACUGGAACUUUCCUCGUAUCGACAGUGGAAAGCUUUCUGUCCGGGGAGUUUGACUGUACGCUCGCAACGCUGGAUACAAAGUUCAAAUGUAUCACAGGCAAGUAUUGUUUUGCUGAUCCUCAUCAACGAUGACACGCCUGAGACAUGGGGUCGCGAAGUCUGGGGUGAGGCCAAGAAGACCGGUGCCACCCGACUUUGGCGUUCUGGCAACUGUCGAUACGGAUUCGCGGAACGCAAUGGUGUACGUCUGGUCGAGGUCGAGAUGGAAUGUGGCGACGACCUCCCGCCCCAAAUUGGCAAAGGCUCUAAGUUUGAGAUCAAAGCAUAUCCCCAUUCUCAAGGCAGGGGUCUCCAGUAG